AUGUAUGCUCUUACUAACACCUCAGCCCAACUCACCGAUAUCGCAUCUCUUCACCAAGACCAGCUUAGCCACCUUACUCAAUCCUUGGAUUCUAAAAUCAGGACGAAGUCCUUCUCCUCGACCAAAACCUGAAGAAGAAAAUCAACGGUCUCAAGGAAGAGAUUAAGGUCGGCACUAAGAAAUGGCAAGAAGAAAAUUUCUUCAAGCUCGCAGAGAAAUGUAAGUUUCUUCGUGGCCUGGUCGGCGAGUUCUGAGGGUUCAGUGGGAUUUUGGGAUUUUGUGUCGAGAUUUUUAUGAUUUUAGUGAUGAGAGGUAUGGACGGGUGAGAGCUGUAGAUGCUCAGAGAAAAUUGGAGGAGAAUUUGGAGAGGAAAGUGGAAGAGAGGUUUAAGGGCAUUGAGCAGGCUGUUGAGGAGCUGAGAUUUGGGGAGUAUGAGGAUAGUGAAAGCCAGAUUUCUCAAAAUGAUGAAGACCUCCCAGAUCUCAAGAUUGAAACAUAUAAUCCUUGACAAAACCAGUUAUCAAUGAAUAGCCAGGUCAAUUCUUUAAAUACUCUCAAUUUGAUAUCACCAAAGCUAUCACUAUUCUCACCAAAAACAAACUUAGAGGUUGAGCAAAAGAAUGAAGGAUCUCAGAAUUCAUCCCCAAGAAAGUCCAAAAAGGAUGUAAAUUUCACUACCAAAGUAAAUCUUCCUGAAUCCAAAAAUCUUCGUCGAAAGAGUAUCAAAAAUUCACGAGCUAAAAGGAACUCUCGGGUGAUAAAGCAGGAUACCAACCAUGGCAAUAUCUCUCUUCUGUCCAUCAACUUGCCAAAAGAGAGGAUUGAGGAGGAGAAGACUGUCCAUAAUCGGUCAGAUAGUAUUUUCUCAACAGCUAGUCGCAGGACUGUUGGAAAGAAGCGGAAAGAAAUGAUCGAGAAUAUUGUAAACAAGAAACUCAAUGAAGUACAGCUUUUCCACCGUCUCAGAGCUUGAGAGGAGACAACUAGAAGGCUAGACGAGCUCUAUAAGAUGGAUAAGGUGGUCCUAAAUCAUUGUGACACUACUAUCAAUAGGAAUUUCCCAAAAAUAAAUAAUGAAAUCUACGACCUCAAAUGCGAAGUUCAUAGAUUUAAAGAAUACGAUGCAAAAAUUAACCGUGAACUUGUUACAAAGCCAUGUGAGUAUGUUACUCAGAAGUUGAAUGAAUACAGAGGAUUAGUCAAGACAUACCUUCUCACUCAUAAAGAUUACUUAGCACAAGCUCACAAGAGGACACUCAAGCUUGAAAUAGAGUUUCAUGAAUUCAAAGCUAAAUGGGAUUUAUCUGAAAAAGCCAAGCAAGAGCAGCAGAAUGUUUCUAAGCUUCAUAAAAGACUUGAAGUUCAGAAGAGAAACAUGAAAGAUUUCCUUAAAGAUAUGGACUCUCUUCGUGAUCGAGUCAACAGCGUAGAGAAGUCUAAUGAGGACCGGAAGGAAUGCACUAUUGAAGACAUUAUCAGACAAAACGAUUUCUCAGAGUUGAAAGCUCGCAAAAAGGUGCCAUUCAAUAAAAUCACUGAUCGUACUCAAAGGAACAGUAAUAUCCUUUCAGAUGUGAACUCCUCAAUGGCUAGUAUUCGAGAUUCACUCAAGCUACGCAUCCAAGAUCGGAAAAAGAAGAGAGGAACCUUAGCCAUGAGUCUCUCUCCCCCUCCGAUAUAGACUUG